AUGAGAGUCACCUUCUUCCUCACGGCGCUGACUGCCCUGGCGUCGUGGGUAACAGCUUCACCGAAAAAGGGAGGAGCCCAAGGAAAUGUGCAAGUCUCAUACCCCAUUCCUUUGGAUGUCGUCUUGAAACGUGUUCGUGAGGGCGGGUUCGAGUUCGAGGCUACCAUAUUCAAUCACAACGUGGAGAGCAUCAAGGUCCUCAACUAUGCCACCUUUCUUCACAAGUGGGCUCCAGUCAAGAGAGCCGAAAUCUUUGCCAGAGACAAGCGAGUGGCCUUCUUGGGAAUAGUGCCGAAAAUGGACUAUACAAGGCUCAAGAAGAAGCAUUUCACUACCAUUCCCAGCGGCAAAACGAUCAGUGUCAAGUUCGACGUUGCUGAAAACUACGACCUCACGGCCGGUGGUGAACAUACGAUCCAGCUGCUGGGCACGUUGCCGUUCGCGCAGAUCAAGGGGCGCCACAUCGCAGGCUUCAUCCCCUACCAGUCCAACAAGCUUCAGUUCAUGGUCAACGGUGAAGCUGCCGAGGGCGUACGUGCAAAGUACCUCCGGGACCGACGAAGGAUUAGACGUGAGAAUUGCAGUGGCGGGAGAGUUCCCAGGAUGCGAGAGUCACUCUCCCACUGCGUUCAACUGUCUCUCGCUGCCCAGGAAGCGGCACUCAACGGCCCCGCGUGGAGGAUGGAGGAAGCUUUUGGCUUCUCGGACGGGCCGAUUCGUCAACAUGUCGCCAAGGUCUUUUCCGACACGGCUGACAAAUGCCGAACAGACUCUACCCGCAUCCAGGAGUUCUGUCGCGAGUACUACAGGGACUGCGUCUCCAAUGACAGAAUUCUCAUGGCCUACCUUAGAGAGCCAUCGCUCCGGAUUGGCUACUGCGACCCAUUCUUCGACCUUCCAAUCUUGCCCAAGAGGUGCUACGUCUACGAUAGGCCCGACGCCUGGGGCUGGUUUCCCUCUCGAGCAUCCACCGUCAUUCAAAAGACGGUCCACGCGAACCUGCGAAAAUCCGGGCUACCCGGAAACAUGUCUCUGGAUGCAGAGCCCGGACUCCCAAAGAUUCUUGCCUUGGAUCGCAACUCGAGCUUGCAGAGCCCUGACAACUAUGAGCUGUUUGCCACACAUCUCAAGCUUGGCUGCAUUGCGGUGAGUCCCGAUGAGAAGAACCCUCUAGCGGGCAUACCUCUUUUUGGGCCCGUAAAUAAUUAA